AUGUGGGCUCAACUGUAUGGAGACCAUAUGUCUGCUUCAUUUUCUUUGGACAUUCUGAAAACUGGAGACAGCGAAGUGCCUCUGGAUUCCACUAAAGGAAUGGAAGUUGAUCUGGUUUGCAACAUUGUCAACACUGCUGGUGACCUGACAAUGACAGUGUUUCCUAUUCUGCAGGAAAACUACAAAAACCAUGAUUGGUUAUGUGAAACAGCAAUACUUACUCUCAAGAAUAGCACUGUAAAUAAAAUCAAUGAGCACCUUUUGCUGUGUCUUCCUGAAUUCGUUCACACUUUUAAAUCAGUGGACACAAUUCAAAAUCCUAAAGAGGUUGUCCAUUAUCUCACUGAAUUCCUAAAUUCAUUAGAACCCCUUGGAUUGCCUCCUCACCAACUAAGUCUCAAAGUGGGCACUCCAGUUAUGCUACUGCGAAACUUGGAACCAUCCAGACUCUGUAAUGGAACAUGCCUAGUGGUAAAAAAGAUGAGGGUGCAUGUCAUUGAGGCGACCAUUCUCUCCAGAUGUGGUAAAGGAGAGGAUGUCUUCAUUCCACAGAUUCCACUUACUCUGUCCAUAUCAGACAUCCACUUCUUAUUCAGAAGGCUCCAGUUCCCUAUUCACAUCAGUUUUGGAACGUCAAUCAAUAAAUUGCAGGAUCAUACUUUGUUCAUAGCAGGAAUUCACCUGGAAGAGCCAUGUUUCUCACAUGGGCAGUUGCAUAUUGCCUGCUCCUGA